AUUGUCCCAUCCCAGCUGCUUGCUGGCCCAGGGCCACCACCUCCCUGUCCCAGUGGUCCCUCUGGAGGUUUCAACCUGUGCCUGUGCAGGGGCCAUGCAGGACACCUUGGAAAGGAGAAUGGUCCCAGGUCACUUUUGCAGUUGCCAUUGCCUGUCCUGGCAAAAAUGGCACCUUUCUGCAGAUGGAGGCUGUGUCACCCCCAGGACAGGGCACCCAAGGGUGGCCCUGGGGACUUCCCAGGAGGGUGACAGUGAUGUGUCCCUGUCUGUCCUUCCCCCAGGUCCUGUGCUGGGUGACGGUGCCCAGCGCAUUAACUGUCCCAGCACAGUCCAGCACCAGCCUCAUCUUACAAAGGGGGAGAGCGAAGCCCAGGAGGCUGAACAAUGUCCCUGCUGCCAGGAAUAGCUGCCAGCUCUGCCCCACGUGAGGCCAGCCCCACUGCCAGGCUGCCUGUGCACAGUGGGGGAGGCUGGACAGCCACCGGGACCCUGGCAGGGCUGCUCAGGAUGCUCCACACCUGAGAUCAUCCUCCAAAGAGGCAUGGAGGGGCUGUGGCUCCUACUGUCACAUGCUGUCUGAGAGAUUUGGGGGGGGGGGGGGGGAGGGGCACAUUACAUCCUUUUGUGGUUGGUGACAACCCCCCAGGGAGCCCUAGGAGCUGCUGGUGGGUGCUGCAGCAUCUGGUUGCAUGGGAAUGGGGUGAGUGGAGCUGCGGGAAAUAUCCUGACUGCCCAGGGUGGGUGCAUCGGCACAGGACCUGUGUGACCCUGGACCCACUCUGCUGAGCCUUUCUGGACUGGCUGCUGUGGGCUAUGCACACCCCAGCUCCCCGCACACAGCACAGGGGUCCUGGGCAGCCUGCGGGUGGGCAAUGGGUAUCUUUAAGAGGGUGUGGGGCUGGGGAGGUGAGCCAGGGCCACCAGAAAGCAGGAGGGUGAGCUCAUUGCAAAGCUGCCUCAGUCAUGUGGAGCAGCCACAGCUGUUGGUGCCCUUGGGCUGCAGGACGGAGGGGGCCAGCAGCAUAAAGCCCCAGGGCCAGUGGAGCCGCCGGCAGUCCUGGGAGCCAGGUGGUGGUGAGAAGAGGACGCAUCCUGCACAGCGCUGUGCACGGCAGGCAGACAUGGAGCUGGAUGUGCAGCGGGCCAAGGAGCUCAUUGAGCAGAAACUGGCAGAGGAGGAGGAGGAGAAGCGCUUCAAAGAGGAUGGUGUGCAGGAGCCACCGGCCGUGGAGCGGAUGAGCACACCUGAGCUGGAGGAGGAGAAACACCAUGGCCUCAGGAACAGGGGCCUUGAGGCUGUCAAGGGCCAGGAGCGGGUGCGGAAGAGCUCAGUGGACCUGCGGCGGGAGAUCAUUGAUGUGGGGAGCAUUCAACGCCUCAUCGAGCUCCGCAAGCAGCGCCGGCAGCGCCGGGAAGAGCGGGCAGCCACUCCUGAGCCCCCCCCACCGCCCGAGCCCCUGGAGAUUGAGGGUCCAGUAGAGCCAGAGACCUUCCUGCGAGCUGCUGUCCAGGGCAAGAUGCCCGUCAUCGAGAAGUUUCUGGCAGAUGGUGGUUCCCCCGACACAUGCGAUGAGUUCCACCGUACUGCACUGCACCGUGCCUCGCUGGAGGGACACACGGACAUCCUACAGAAGCUGCUGGACAGCGGGGCCACUGUUGACUUCAGUGACCGGCUGGACUGCACUGCCGUGCACUGGGCCUGCCGGGGUGGGCACUUGGACGCCGUCAAGCUGCUGCAGGACCGCGGGGCAGACCUCAACCUGAAGGACAAGCUGCUCAGCACACCCCUCCACGUGGCCACCCGGACUGGGCACCUCGACAUUGUGGAGCACCUCAUCCACUGUGGGGUGGACAUCAACUCACCAGACAGGGAAGGUGACACGGCGCUGCACGACGCCACACGGCUCAGCCGCUACAAGAUCAUCAAAAUGCUGAUCCUGCAUGGGGCUGACAUGAUGGCCAAGAACCAGGCUGGCAAGACCCCAACGGACCUGGUGCAGCAGUGGCAGGUGGACACACGUCAGGCACUGGAGACCAAGGAACAGCCACAGGGACAGACGGAGGUUCCUGCAUGACAGCACCAGGCAGGGACCAGGGAUUUGGUUCAGCUCCAAGGAUCCAGAUCCACCUGAGACUUGUCCAUGUCAAUAAAAGCUAGCAAAGAGCA